CACUACUCGCCCUCCCGCCUCCGUCGAUACCAUCAACAAUGGACGCGGUCGACCUCAACUGGUGCUUGGCCUGCGGCUGCCGCCUCGAAAUGGAGGGAUGCACCCCAUACUGCUCACAGAACUGCCUCAACUCCGACGGCCCCUCCACUUCUGCUUUCCCCUCACAGCAGACCCUUCCGUCGCUCAUCGACCGCGACUCAUACCUUCACGGGGACGAUGACGACGACGACGACGAGUCGCCCAAUUUCGAUGACUGCCUCGCAUACUCCCAAUGUCCCUCUCCCAUCCGCAACACCUGGAUUGGUCGCGGCGAUGCAGGCAUCCGCGCAUGGGCGCAAUCCGUUCCCCGAGGUGCGCCUUGUGAAUCCCAGGAGACACCUUCCGGCACCCUUAAGCCGAAGCUGCUACUCCAAUCUCGCCGACCCGUCAAGCCUUCACUAUGCAUGUCCCGCGCCCAGCCCGCCCCUCCUGAGCCAUCGCGACCAAUCCUCACUCCUCAGCAAUCUCUUCCAUCGCUUUCGCGCGACUCGACAUCUAUCCCUUCCGCGAGCUUGGCCUCCCUUACUACCGGCUCAUCGUCCUACUCCGUUGUAACGCCUGCGACGAAUUCUGAGAUUGGCUCGCUCCGCAACCCGGCCGUCCCCCGUCCAACCGCCCCGCAACAUAACUUCCUUGGCGGUCUAAAGGCCCAGCUUCGAGCUUGGGCUGCCUCUUCGACACCCCAAAAGGAGGUCACUCGGUCGAGGACCCUGACCCGCAACCCUGCUGUUCACAUCGCGGACACCUCUGACGCAGAGUCCGGCACCGGUCGUGCUGCCCCCAGGGUGCGGCGGCCGCGUUCGCCAGCUCCUUUCUUCCACAUGCCCGAGCAGUACCCUCGGGAAAAGCGAAAGGAGACCACGAAGGAAAACACCCUUCCAUCCGAUCACCCCGCUUACCGAACGCGAGGACGGAGGCCCUCCCGCAUCGCCUCAUGAUGGUUGGUCUCUCGCAUCCGAUCCCCUCGUUAUCAUCCAUAUUCUACAUAGACGACGUGCGCUUGUCGCGCGUCCUGUACGAUAUUUAUCACACCCACGCCGCUCCGCUCUGUUUCUUUGCUCGUCUCUCGCCACUCGGAUUGGCAAAUUAGGAAUCCAAUCCCCCCCGCCGGCUCCGCCUGUUCGCGGUCGUUACCCGAGGUCUUCCCCCUCAACAUCCCCUAUGUCUUGCACUCUCGCCGGCACGGACCUCCAAAAGUUGACGCCUGUUUCUCCUCGCAUACGGACUUGCACAUAGCGCAUUAUCCCCUUCGCUUGGCGUCUUCUGACUACCCUCCACCCCAGCAUCCCACACUUUCCCUGAUCAUCGCUCACCGCUCAUACCUCUCACUACCUCGCAUCGCUCAUACCACCCCUCGUUUACGUCUACACCGCACGUUCCUCGCUUUGUUCUCUCCUCCUCGUGGUCAUCUCUCAUCCUGCACAUCGUGUUUCGUGUGUUCGCUCGGCUCUGAUCCCCAGCAAAAACCUCAGUGCUCACUCCCCCCCUGUUUCACACACGUUGGCGGCCCGUGUUGCUCCAGUUUGUGCUUAUGUCUGCCGCGCGAUCCGUGAUCUGUCGAUGUUGUUGCUUUACUUCCGCCUUCGGCUUGUCUUACGACGCAUACCAGCAUUCCGUUCGUCUCAUCUCCCUGAUCUUUACCUCUACUCGCAUACUCUCCUCGCAUACACCAAACGUUGCAUCGGCUCGAUCGUCACCAUAUUCCCCACCAUAUUUCACCCUACCACGCUCUUGCGGAUGUACGUCAAUCACACAUGUACUACAGGAAGGCCUAGAUGCGUAGUAAAUGCAUA